AUGUCUUCCAUAAAAAUAUGGACAGUCACAGAACCCUACAUCAACCCACACUGUGGCCUCGGUGAAGCACCAUUCUAUGAGCCCUCCACUAACACACUCCGCUUUGUGGACAUCAAAAAGAAGCAUUUUCACACAAUUGAUCUCAAUGUUGGCCCAUCGUCACUCAAGACCAUGCAGCUAGAUAUGCCUGUCGGUGUAACAGCCGAUAUUGAGGGUAUAGACUGUACCGAUAGGAUAUUGGUGGGUGGCAAAAGUGGGAUUUAUGUAUUAAGGAGGAGCGAUGGGGAGAUGAAGUUGUUGAAGAGGUUUUAUGAUAGUGAGGAAAGAGAUGAGAGAUUGAGAAGUAAUGAUGGGGCCGUGGAUCCAAGUGGGAGGUUUUGGGUUGGAACAAUGAAUGACUUUUGGGUGGGGGAGCCACAGAGCACUAUGUUCCGCUUCGACAAUGAUCUCACACGUCACACUAUUCGUGAAGGUCUCACUAUUCCCAAUGGAAUCGGCUGGUCUGCCGACCAGAAGACUCUCUACUUCACCCACACAACCGAGCAAACAAUAUGGGCGUAUGACUACGACCCCUCUACUGGUGACGUCAGUAACCAACGAGUUUUUUGGAAACAUGAUGGUGAUGGGGAGCCCGAUGGAUUCAAGCUCGACUCGGAAGGGAAUAUCUGGCAAUGUAUAUUUGGAGAAGGGCGUGUGCUGAAGAUCAACCCCGAAGGGCAAGUCGUUGGCGAGAUCAAAUAUCCAACGAAGUGUGUUACAUGCCCAGUAUUCAUCGGCACGGAAUUGUGGGUCACGAGUGCGAGUGAUGGAGGCGAUGAGUAUGCCGGGGCGUUGUUCAGGGUCGAUGUAGGAAUUGGUGGACGGAAGGACUUUAAGUUCAAGUUAGAGAAAGGAAGCGUGGAGUUGUAA